UCCACUCUCCUGAUCCCUACAUCUCAUCUCUCUCUCCAAGCUUUCCUCUCUCCCUCCCUCCUCUCUUUUCUCGCAUCCUCCAUGAAUCCCCAUCAUGGCCGCCGGCCGUUGAGCCGCAUGCUGCUCCUGCCCUCACGCCGGCACCACUCUACGUGUAGUUGCUGCUGCCACACAGCCACACAUCCUCGCUCUCAUCAAUUAGGCCGGUGGGAAGAACAACACCAGUUACCCCUCCCAGAAGCUCAUCUCCCUCGUCUUCGCCUCUAGCUCUUGCAAGUGCCACUGCACGUAUGUUGGUGUUGUCUCAUCAUUAAGGGUGUCUCACACUCGAUACUAGGCGGUUGCUCCUCGUCUAUUCCUCCACCCCAGCAACCUCACUGACCUACUCCUAGCUGGAUGCGCAUCAAUCGAGGGCUCCUGUUCAUCGAGGAGGCUAGUUAGCCGCUAGCCUCGACGGGAACCAGAGUUGGUGAGCAUCGGAUGAACCCAUCUCUCGGUGAUUUUGCACUAGCUGGUCGAUGAUAUUUUAUUACUAUUUCUCCUUAUUGGGAUUUUUUUAGAUGUUGCAAUUUUUUAUUUUAGAUGUUGCAAUUAAUUAUUCUAAGUGUUUCAUCGAAUGAGUUUUGAGGUUGAGGCUACUUCCUUUUGAUCUUCUAGCCUAUGUGUAUGGGUGUUGCAAUUUGUGACUUUUAGAUGUUGCAAUUGAUGAUUACAAGUGUUGCAUCAAUUGAGUUUUGUUUUUGAGGUUAGCCUUUUUUACGUUGCAACUCAUGUGUUCGGAUGUUAUAUCAAUUUUUUUAUCACACCCUAAACUAUUUAAUUUUAUGAUGUGAAUAUGUUUUACAAUGUGUUCAUCCAUCUUUAGGAUUUUUCGAAAAUUUUUCAGAUAUUUCUGACAAUUAUCCUCUUUUUUAUAGAGCUAAAUCCAUUUAUUGGAAAGUUAUAAAAUCUUUUUCUCAAAUUCCAAGUAUUUUAUUUGGAUUCCUAGUGUCCCAAAUUAUCUUCAGAGUAUUCCUCGUAAUUUUUGGAAUUCUUCUGGAUAUAUUUUCUAUGGUUUAAAAGAUUUAUCUAAACUUUUCUAGAUUUGUUGUAAUCCUGAAAAUGUAUUCUGGAUAAAUAAAAUCAUUUAUUUUUUCAUCUCUGGAUGGAUUCAACCCGUUUCGGAUCUAAUUUGUCCAAACACCAAGAACCGUACCACACACAAGCUUGAACCUGGCCACCACGCUGGUCACGUCGUUGGUCAUGUUUCUAUCCCAACUUCUCAUCGUCGUCAGACCGAAUUGCUUCAUCGCUAUCCGCCCUUUAUCUCUAUCGUAUACAACACCAUAAGAUGCCCUCAUCAUGUUCCUCGUUCUCUAGUCUUUCUCACUGAUCAAAUAACGCUCGAAAUAGAGCUAUGGCUCUAUUUCGGUGUUUCCUGACAAUGCUCUGAUGUUAUAAAUACUAGAUACGAUAAUAUGUGUUGCCACCAAUCAACCCGUCUCUCGCUCAUCUCGUUCCUUUUUAGCCUAAUCUCCCCGGCCCGUUUCUCCCCUCGGCCGAAACCGCUCAGCGGAUCUAUUUUUGGUUUUCCCUUCUCUGCACACCACUAAAAUGCUCCAUGUCUCCCUCUCUCCAACCAACCGUGGGCCCCAAUCGUCAUACUCUUCUCCUUCCUUGUUUCCUUCCUUCCUGUGACCAAGCCGAACUGAGCAGGGGAAAGCUUGGACUCCCCGCGACACACCCCUCAACCAGGUAAGCCCAGCUAUCCUCCUAGGCCACGCUUCUCCGGGCCUGCCUAGGACCCGACCUAGCCCGGCAAGCAACACCGAUGAUCGAGUCCUAGCACUGCACGAUGCAGCAUCACCGCUGCCGCAACCCCUGGGCGUACGCGCCAUGCGUGCCCAGCUGCCACGCCUAUAAAUUGCGGACACCCGAGCCCCUAUGCCCCUGCUCCCCACGUGUUCCGUUGCUGCCCACGUGGCAAACCCUACUGCCGCACGCCCCCUGCCGCGAGCCCUCGCUGUUAGCAGUACAUGUGUACCGGUGGCCCACGUUCCUUACCUCUCCAUGUAACUAGUUAGGUUUGUUAGUAGUGCAGUUGUUGGCUGACUGUUUCAGCUGUGUACAUGCAUAUAUACUGCAAGGCAAGGACCAAUAUGUGUGUGAUUGUUGUGAUCCAUUCCAUUUUGUCAUUGCUUACAUGGUAUCAGGCGAUCUCUGAUCCUGAUUUUCUGCUGCCUCCCUCCUCCACCGCUUGCUUCCUCCCGCUGCUGCCGCCAUGGUCUCCUCCUCCUCCUCAUCCUCCUCGUCGGACUCUGACUCCAACGCCGGCUCUUCUCUGCCCAACACACUGCCGUCACUAGCGAGCCGGCUUCUCCGGUGGUCGUCCACGGCAUCAACAUCCAGUCACGUGUUCCCAUCGUUGGACCUCAAGGACGCCAACUGCACCGUCUGGACUCGCGCGUUCUCCGCCAUCUUCAGUCAAUACGGCCUCUACAACCACAUCGAUGGCUCCACCACGCCCGGCGACUCCGAUUGGGUGCAAAACGACUGCACCAUUGUUUCCUGGCUUUACAACCGCAUUGCCCCCGGAUCUCCUUGCCUCCGUCCCACCAAUGAGGACUCCGCUUACUCCCUCUGGCAGGGUGGUCAUGAGAUCUUCCAUGUCAACAAGAACUCACGCGCUGUCUAGCUUAAUGCUCAGUUCAGGAGCUUUCUUGAGGGGGACAUGACCGUGCUCGCCUACUGCAUGCUCAUGAAAGCCAUGGCCGAUCACCUUGCAGAUCUGGACUCCCCCGUCACCAACCGUGAUCUUGUCCAGAACAUCAUCUGCAGCUUCAACCCUCGCCUUCAUCACUACAUCCCCCACAUCACCCUACGCAAGCGCCUGCCCUCCUUCCACAAGACCAGAUCCAUGCUCCAACUCGAGGAACACCGCCUCGCUGAGAAUGACAAACUGAAGGCUGAGAAUGCCCUCAUCACUCAGGCUCAGGCUCAGCGCGACAGCCAGGUUCCUCCCUGGUAAGUCGACAUCCCGAGCAGCUCCUUCUCCAGCAACACCACCCAGUCGCCCACCACGACGCCCUCCUACAAGAAAAGGAAGAAGAAGAAGCCGACCACUACCAGCUCGUCUUCCUCAACAUCUACUCCUGCCUCUGCACAGUCAGGGUUCUCCCCCAAUAUCAACCCAUGGACGGGCAUGGUGCAGGCGUGGCCCUUUCCACCGGCGUCCCGUCCCGGCGCCGGCCUCCUCGGCACACGUCCUCCAUCAGGUGCACCGCAAGCUCACGUCGCCAGCAGUGCUCUGGCCGAUGGAUUCACGACGUUGCAGCUCGAUCCACCACUGCUUGCUGCCCUGACGAGUCUCUCCCUUCCAAACUCGUCUCCUGGUGGUGACUAGUUCGUUGACACAGGAGCCUCGUCUCACAUGGCCUCGGGAUCUUGUAAUUUUACAUCUCUAACCCCUCAUUCUUCUUGUUCUCGGAUCAUUGUGGGCAAUGGGUCUGCUCUACCCAUCACGCACACUGGCUCCGGUUCUGUUUCUACCACAUCUUCCCCUCUUCUACUAAAUAAUGUUCUCAUAUCUCCUGCUCUCAUCAAGAAUCUGAUUUCAGUUCAUGCCUUAACUAGAGACAACAAUAUUUCCAUUGAAUUUGACAAAUUUGGUUUCUCUAUUAAGGAUCCACACACGAAGUCAGUGAUUCUCUGCAGUGAUAGUGAUGGCGACCUCUACCCUCUCCACAGGACGAUGUCGACAUCCUCUCACAGCCUUACUGCAAUAACAGCUGAUCUUUGGCAUGAGCGUCUCGGCCAUCCCGGCCGUGACUCUUUUCAGCGUUUGCUUUCAUCAUCUUCUUUCACUUGUAAUAAGGAAUUGUCCCACACUUGCCACGCCUGUCGAUUUGGAAGCACGUUCGGCUACCAUUUGCAUCUUCUACUUCCAAGACAGUAGCUCCAUUUGAACUUAUACACUGUGAUGUUUGGACGUCGCCUAUUGCAAGUUUUACUGGUUUUCAUUAUUAUCUUGCUCUGUUUGAUGACUUCACACACUUUGUAUGGACAUUUCCACUCAAGAAUAAAUCGGAUGUUGCUGAUACUCUGAUGCACUUUCAUGCCUAUGUUCGUACACAGUUUGGUCGACCUAUCCUCACGGUUUAGUCUGAUAACGGCAGGGAGUUUGACAAUCACAAGCUGCGUACAUUCUACUCCACGAACGGGAUUGUUCUUCGCUUGUCCUGCCCUUAUACCUCACCACAAAAUGGCAAGGCCGAGAGAAUACUUCGAACCCUAAACGACGGCAUCCACGUUCUUCUUCUCCACGCUGCUUUGCCUCCUCAGUUCUGGGUCGAAGCCCUCCACACCUCCAACUUUCUUUUCAACUGGCGACCAUGCAAGCCCAAGGCUCUUGACACUCCCUUCCUUCUUCUGUUCCAGCGAGUGCCUGAUUACUCGGUCCUUCGUGUGUUCGGCUGCCUCUGUUACCCUAACACUACAGGCACCAGUGGUCAUAAACUUGCUUCACGAUCAAUGGCUUGUGUUUUCAUUGGCUACUAGCAGGAACAUCGUGGAUACCGGUGCUAUGAUCUGGGAACCCGGCGUGUUAUUAUCUCGCGUCACGUCUACUUCAACGAGCGCAUGUUCCCGUUCCGGUUCGCUGUAACACCGUCCUCAUCUCCGCACGGCUACAACCCCUGGUCACCCGAUCCUACAACGACGGCAGGUCACGCUCAACAGCCGCCUGUUCCUGGUCCACCAGCUCGCAGCGGCAUCCCAGCUCCUGCGGCGCCAACAAGUGCGACUUCCUCAGCAUCUCCAGCUGCACCAACACGUUCCGGCUCGUGUGCACUAAACUCGUCUCCCAAAGGCGGCCUCGUGCAUCCUUCUGGACCGUCAUCACCGCGUUCUCCAUCACCAUCACCGACUCCUGCACCACCGGCGGUCGACCGCGCUCCGGCUCUCCAUCCGAUGACCACCCGCUCUGGCGUCGGCACCGUCAAACUGAAUCCAUGCUAUGCGGGUGUCUCGACCACCUCGACGGCCAUCUCUCCCAUUCUCAAGACGGUCCAUGCGGCACUCCAUGACCCACACUGGCGGGCAGCCAUGGAGGCUGAGUACAAUGUUCUCGUCGCCAACAACACCUGAGAAUUGGUUCCCCGGCCGUCCGGUGUCAACGUCAUCAGCGGAAAAUGGAUAUUCCGGAUCAAAUACAAAGAGGACGGCAGCCUCGAUCGGUAUAAGGCGCGGUGGGUCUUUCACGGAUUCUUCCAGCGUGCCGGAAUCGAUUAUGGUAAAACAUACUGCCCGGUGGUCAAAUCAGCGACGGUUCGCACUGUCCUGGCAUUGGCAAGCUCUUGUGCCUGGCUGGUGCACCAGUUGGACGUCAACAACGCCUUCCUCCACGGCUUCAUCGACGAGAACAUCUACACUCGCCAGCCAGCCAGCUUCGUGCACUCCGUUCACGGCGAUCGUGUGUGCAAGCUCAACAAGAACCUCUGUGGCUUGAAACAAGCUCCACGCACGUGACGGCAUACCUCCUUCUAUAUGUCGACAAUACCGUUCUCACAGCUUCAUCGACUGAACUGCUCCGUCACAUCACGACGACAAUCAACAACGAGUUCAAGCUCAAGAACAUGGGGACUCUUCACUAUUUUCUCUGCAUUCAAGUGCAGCGUUCCAGCUCGGGAUUCUUCCUUCACCAGCACCAAUAUGCACUUGACAUCCUUGAACGUGCAGACAUGCAAGAUUGUCGCCCGUGCUCGACGUCAGUGGACACCAAUGGGAAGCUCUCGGCUGCCUCCGGCACGACUCUCAGCGCUGAUGAUGCAUCGUCAUAUCGAAGCAUUGUUGGUGCUCUUCAAUACAUGACGAUGACCCGUCCGGACAUUCAGUUCGCAGUACAACAAGCUUGCCUGUACAUGCAUGCCCCGACGACAGAUCAUCAGGCACUGGUCAAGAGGAUCCUUAGGUACAUCCGUGGCACAAGCUCCCUUGGUCUCCAUCUAUGUCGCUCCAGCAAGCUUGAUCUUGUGGCGUUCUCGGACGCGGACUGGGCUGGCUGCCCGGACACGAGAAGAUCAACGUCUGGGUUCUGCAUAUUUCUUGGUGAUGCUAUGGUUUCCUGGUCUUCCAAAAGACAAACGACAGUGUCAAGGUCCAGUGCGGAAGCCAAGUACCGUGGCGUCGCAAAUGCGGUAGCUAAGUGCACCUGGCUUCGUCAGGUGUUAGAAGAACUUGGAUUCAACCAAGCCAAAGCAACGGUAGUCUUCUGUGACAACGUGUCUGCAUGUUACUUGAGCACAAAUCCAGUUCAUCAUAGACCAAUGAAGCAAAUUGAGCUCGACGUUCAUUUCGUCCGAGAAAAGGUGGCUCUCGGUCAGUGCCAGGUCUUGCACGUUCCCACAACACAGCAGUUCGCUGAUGCUAUGACAAAAGGCCUACCAACGAGGUUUGAAGAGUUCAGAACCAGUACGUGCGUCUCCAGCAACGACGGCGCUCACACUGCGGGGGGUGUUAGCGGUACAUGUGUACCGGUGGCCCAUGUUCUUAGCUCUCCGUGUAACUAGUUAGGUUUAUUAGUAGUGCAGUUGUUGGCUGACUGUUUCAGCUGUGUACAUUCAUAUAUACCGCAAGGCAAGCAUCAAUACCUGUGUGGUUGUUGCAUCCAUUCCAUUCUGUCAUCGCUUACACUCGCGCCUCCUGCAGCUAGCGCCGCCUUCGCCCUACCGGCCCCCACG